UUAAAAACUAGACCGCGCAGACUAGAGAAACAGCCAAAGCAAACGUUACUGAAUGUCUAUCGAUGUUUCCUGUUUUAAAUACUCAGUCUGGUGAAUAAAACACGUCAGCAAAAUGAUGGAGUCAUGUUUAGGUGGGAAGCCCGAGAGAGUCGGGCCGGUGGUGGUGGAUGACAUCAAGAGAGAUCUGCUCGGCGAAUUCGCAGCUCUACCUGCACAGGAAAGUGUUCAGUCGGAGAACCUGCAGGUGUACCUGAGGGUUCGACCUUUCACUGCAGCCGAGAGCGACAAUGGGUCACAGGAGUGUGUGACCAUCGAGGGACCGGACACUGUGGUCCUGAAGGCUCCCAGGAGCUGUCAGUCAAACCGACAGAGUGAGAAGUCCCUCCCACAGACAGCACAGAGGUUCACCUUCACACAGGUGUUUGAUCCGGAGGCCAGUCAGAAGAAGGUGUUUGAUGGUUCAGUUCGCAGUUUGGUCCGAGACGUUCUGGAAGGAGGAAACUGUCUGGUGUUCACGUAUGGAGUCACCAACGCUGGAAAAACCUUCACAUUCCUGGGUCCAGACCAUGACUCAGGUCUGCUGCCCAGGUCUCUGUCAGUGAUCUUUAACAGUGUUGAAGGUCAUCUGUACGGUCGGGCCGAUCUGAAGCCUCAGCGCUGCAGAGACUUCAGCAGACUGACUCCAGACCAGCAGGCAGCCGAGUCCAGCAGCAAGAGGAACCUGCUGAGGCUGUUUAAAGAGAGUGACAGAAGUCAGACGUCAGGAAGAUCAACGUUUCUUGACGGCUCGUCUCUCAGCACUGACAGCAGCGUGAACAGCGUCUCCGAGGCUGACAGUUUCUGUCUGGACGUCGACUCAAACAUCCGUUUCUCCGUCUGGGUUUCAUUUUGUGAGAUUUACAAUGACAACAUCCACGACCUGCUGGAACAGGUUUCCAGUGGACACCAAAAGAGGACGGUGCUGCGUCUGUCUCAGGAUGUCAAAGGAAACUCCUUCAUCAAAGACCUGCGGUGGGUCCAGGUGAACAGUUCGGAGGAGGCCUACAAAGUGAUGAAGAUCGGAAAGAAGAACCAGAGUUUCUCCUCCACUAGACUGAACCAGCUGUCCAGCAGAAGUCACAGCAUCUUCUCCAUCAGGAUCCUCCGAGUGGAUGAUGUUGGAGUUCCCAGAGUCCUCGGCAUAAGCGAGCUGUCUCUGUGUGACCUGGCCGGCUCUGAGCGCUGCUCUCGGACUCACAACACCGGAGAGCGUCUGAAGGAAGCAGGAAACAUCAACAGCUCUCUGCUGACACUCGGGAAGUGCAUCAACGCCAUGAGACUCAACCAGCACGCCAAGUUUCAGCACCACAUUCCCUUCAGGGAGUCCAAACUCACACACUUCCUGCAGUUUUUCUUCUGUGGUGCCGGACGGGUUACGAUGGUUGUUAACAUCAAUCAGAACUCUGCCUGCUUUGAUGAGACGCUCAACGUCCUCAAAUUCUCUGCCCUCGCCCAGAAGGUGGUGGUAUUAAACUCCAGACCGGCGGUGCUGGACGACGCCCCCCACAGGUCGGCCAUGGAGCUGUCAAUGAUCAUUGAUGAGGCAGACCGGCGCAGAAAUGUAUCAGGGCGGGGCAGGAAGAGCUCGCUGGUUGCCUGGGAGACGACCCUGGAGGACGUGCUGGAGGAUGAGGGUGGUGAGGAGUGGGGGGAGGAGGAUGAAGACGAGGAGGAGGAGAUGGAGGAGAGUGGGAUGGAGGGAACAGUGCUGGAGGCAGGAGGUGAGGAAGACGAGGAGGAAGGGGACAGGACCAUGGAGGUAGAAGAGAAGUCAGACAGAGAGGCGGCGCUGCGUUUGGUUUUGGAGGCUCAGAUCAGAGAAGAAGUCAGCGCUGAGUUCAUGGAUCUCUUCAACAAAAUGGAGAAAGACUACAGUGACCGCCUGGAGAAGGAGAGGGAGAUCCUGGAGGAGCGAGCUGAGAAGAGAGUGGAGAUCCUGAAGAACCUCGUCAGUAAGACUGUCGAUCUGUCGACCGUUUACACCGACAGCAGCAAGGAGGAGCAGUUGGAGGGACUCAUCAGCUCAGUGACUGAAGACCUGGAGAAGAUUAAAGAGGACGCCCAGAGUGUUCACCGCUGUCUGACUGAGCAAGCACACACUGCAGAGCUGGAAGCGUUGCGAUUGGAGAAACAGCAGUCACAUGACCAACUGCAGGAAGCCAGGGAGAGUCUGGAGCAGCAGCAGCACAAGUUGUCGGAGCUGAUGGAGAUCUGUCAGCAGAAAGAUGACAUCAUCAAUAAACUCCAGGCAGCCAUGGACGCCACUGUGGAGAACGCCACCAGAGAUAGGGAGCUGGUGGAGUCGAUCAGGUCGGAGCUGUUGGAGCUUCAGCAGACCUGCAGCUGUCUGAGGAGGACAGGAGGAGCGGAGGAGAGCAGGAAACGUCAGCGUGAAGCUCUGGAGGACGAGGAGGAGAGAGAACCAGCAAAGAAAAGAGGCUCUCCAGUUCUGGAGGAGGAGAUCUGGAGGUUGCAGGAGGAAAACGACAAGAAAGAGGAAACAAUCUUGGAGCUGAGAGAGAGGGAGGGGAGGAGGAAGGGUCUGGAGGAGGAGCUGAGGAGACGGGAGGAGGAGGUGGAGGAGCUGAAGAAGGAGCAGGCUGUGCUGGAGCAGAAGGUGCAGGAGCUGACAGAUCUGGACGAGUGUCCAAACUGUGACUCUGUGUUUUCGUCUCUGGAGUCGGAGCAGAGGGAAACAUCCCGACUGAUGAAGGAGAACAAAGCUCUGGUUAACGGCAUCUUCCAGCUCCAGACAGAGGUGACUGAUCUCCAGAUGAAGCUCAAAGAGCAGACUGACAUUUCUGACAGCCUAUCAGAGCAGCUCAGCAGUGCAAAGACCCGCCUCCAGGACCUGGAGAGCCAAUCAGAGGAUAAGGCCCACACCAUCCACAGUCUGACACAGGAAGUGGAGCAUCUGAGACAGGAAGUCAAGGAGGAGGAGCAACGGAGCAGUAGCAGCAGUAGUGUUUUCCACACCGCCAUGGAGGAGCUGAAGAAGGAGAGCCAGGCAGCGCUGGAGAGAUCGGCUCAGAAAUCCCAACAGAUCCAAGAUCUGCAGAGAGAGAAGAACCAGCUGGAGGAAGCUAUGAUGCACAGUGAGAGCAGGUGUAUUGAGCUCAGCGAGGAGUUAGCCAAUCAGAAAGCAGCUUUCACCUGUCAGCUCCAGAGCCUGAGGGCGGAGCUUGAGUCUGAGAGCGGAGCUCUACGAGGGAGACUGGAGGAGAUGGAGAAAUCAGAGGAGGAGAGGAGGAGGAACCAGGAGAGAGAGAAAGAAGAGCUGCAUCAAGUCGUGUCAGAGAAGGAGGACCUCAUAGAAGAAUGUCACAGACAGACGGAGGCUCUGAGAAAAGAGCUGGAGCGUCUGAAGGAGGACCUGCAGAGGAGGGAGGAGGAGGAGGAGGAGGAGGAGGAGAAGGAGAACAGGGAGGCAGAGAAGAGGACAGUGCCAGUGGUGGAGGAGCUUAAGGAGGAGAUCCAGAGACUCCAGGAGAGGAGGGAGAGGCAGCAGGAGGAGGAGGACGGGAGGAGCAGGGAGUUUGAGGCUGUGAGGACAGAGAUGGAGAGACUACAAAGACUGAAGGAGGGGAGAGAUAACAGCCUGCAGGGAAACAGACAGAGGUGUGUGCGUGUCCUUCCAGAGCAGGACUUUCAAAUGUCUCCUCUGAGGUCCAACAUGGCUGACAGGAAGAAGACCCCCAAAACGACAGGAAGGAAGAGAAAGAGCUGCGAGGUGCAGGACCUGGUGUUCAGUGAGAACAAGAGAAACAGAGUGAGAGGAAAUAAUCGAACUACUAAAGAGGUGAGGAACAAACGAUGCUUAAAGAAAGAGAAGAGAGAUGGGGCUCUUCAGAAGAUCGGAGACUUGAUCCACAGCUCUCCCUCCAUCCUGGGCAGCAAAGCUAAAACCAUCAUCGGUCUGGUCAGUGGACAUUCAGUGGAGAAGGAGACGGUUAACACGGCAACCAAAGCAAAACGAGGACGGAAGAAGCUUUUUAAGAUGGAUGCCCCGCUGCUCGACUCCCCAGACAUGGUGUCAGGCGGAGUGAAGGAGGAGAAGGAGAGUGACCACCUGAUUAUUAAGAGACAGCUGCGCUCUAAGACCUGCAGGAAGUGACAUCAUCACCAUGUGACAACACUGUGUAUUUAAACCUGUGGGGACUCUGGGGAGGAGUUUGAUUUUAAAUACCUGUACAUUGUUUUCAUUUUAUUGUAAACAUUUGUUUGUUUCUGGGGCUGAAUAAUAAACAGGACAACAUUCUCCCUUCAUGGAAAAUAAAAAAAUCAUUUGCCACCUC